AUGUGUGGGAAGAUUCCACAGCAGGCGUUGGCUUAUCGAUGCCAUAAGAAUCUUGUGUCGCUGCUCAAGCCUUCUGUGAUUGCCAAGCGGGCGGCAAAGCCGAAGGAAGGGCCCAAGGUCGCCAAGAAGCCGCCGAAGACCCCGCAGCGGAAACUUUUGGAGGAUGGGUCCUUGGUUUUGAAGUUGGAGCCGGCCCUGCUUCCAGACGCUACUUUCGGUUUGCGGGAAGACCUUCAAAAGGCAGUGGCCAUGGGACAACCCGGCUCGUGGUUGCAAGCAUUGGUUGGCUUUGGCUCUGACUCAAGCCUUUGCUCUCAGAGUGUGUGGGUGCAUUUGAGUUACUUCAAUUUCCGGACCUGGCACUGGUCAGGUGUCAAGUUUGCCAAGAGCGAGGAGAUUCUGGACCAUGGUCGUUGGGUGACUCGCUUGGAGCUGACGAGCGAAGAGCUGUGUGUGCAAACAUCUUUUGAGCUUCUGUCCAGUUUGAACCUGGAGUCCCCGUGGCUUGCCAGCUUUCACGUCAUUCUGUCGGAUGAGACAGCAGUGUCAGUGGAAGAUUUUUCUGCAGCAAAGAACAUCUUUGUUGCUGCCAUGCGAGACUCAAAUCCGGACAGCAUUCCCAAGUUCAUGGUUUGGCAAGGGAAAGCCAAGGAGGAUCAACUUGCUUCAGAAGCCGCGAAGCGAUCUGGAUCUAGGCCAUCCGGAUCCAGUACGGCGGGCCAAGGUGCGAAAAACAAGGGUCCUGAUCAAGCUGCUCAUGACAGUCCCGACAAGGACAUCGGAGCUGCAGACGGUGGCGAGUUGACGGCCCUCAGUGAACGACUUAUCGAUGGCAUGCCUCUGCCUGAGGACCCUGAGUAUCAUGCGGCCGCAGGUGUUGGGGACAUAGACUUUAACUUUGACCCGGCAACUUUCGAGACUUCGCUGCGUGGUCGUAGCUCAGCCGCAUCAUCCUCCGGAGCACGGGCUGGAGCAGGCGGGAUUCAGCCGGAUCCAGAAGCGAUGAACCCGAAUGAAAGAGAUGCACCUGCAGAUGCAGCUGCAGCCAAAGCUAGUGCUCGCAAGAAGUUGGCUGUUGAGAAGGUCUUGGUGAUUCCGAAUCUGGGCAAAAUUCAUUACAACCCCAGAACCAAGAUCUUCAUUGCGGAUUGUCAGAAGCAUGGCCUGGGUGUCUGCAAGAAACAGCGAACUGCAUCUGCUCCGGAUCCAAACAAGAGUCAGAGAUCCGGAAAUCGGGGUCAAGGACGCCCGCUCGGCUUUUUACAAGCCUGGCUGGAAGAACAGGACCAUUUUGCGCCGAAGAAUGAUCAUGUUUUCAGUUCAUCAAUCCACCGGAACAGGGCAGCACGUGUCGCUGCAAGGGAACGAUUGAAAGCUGUACCAGGAGCUGCUGAGUUGUUUGCAGUCGAAGCCGACAAGCCUGAAGGUUCUGAUUCAGAGCCUGAGGUGAUCAGGGUCUAUGUGCUCUUGCUCAACCGUCGCGACUUCGACGAGAGGGACAUCAGAGAGGCCAAGGAGCUCAUGGAGGCUGCAGAGAUUGUCGAUGAGCACGAGGACGAGAACAGGAAGUGGAAGGUACAGUCUGUUGCAUGGAGGGAUACCUUGAAGCUUCCCUUCAAUUUUGCUCCGUGGACCAAUUCGCGAAAAGUGUUGGCAAAAGGUAUCAGGUUGACGCCACGAAUCAAGGAUAUUAUGGACAUUGUAACAGCUGACCGCAUGAAGGAGCGGCGACUGGGAUCACAGCAUGCUACACGCGAAAGAAUCGAUGAAGUCAUGCGUAGAUCGUUCGUGGAUGUAUCUCAAAGCCAUGAGCGUCGAAAGUUUGCUCAUGAAGGGCAAAUACUGCCUACUGUGACCACCAGCACCAUGCUCUACAGCUUCGGUUUGGACAGAGCAGUCAAGCCUGAAGAGUUGUUCCGCUGGCACGGAUACCCCAGAACGCUGGUAUUCCCGCAAGGUUUGUCUGCAGGCAACUUGAAGCUACUCAUUGGAAACUCCAUGAGUGCACCGUGCUUGGCUCAGGCCAUUUUGUCGUUGUAUGUGCUGCUUCAGAAGUCUGGUUCCCCGGAAUCCGAUGAGUUGCCCUUUCAGUGGCUGGGUUGUUUCCUCUCUCACGGUGGUUCAGAUUUGAAUGCCAAAGCCAAGGCUUCGGUGGUGAAGACGGAGCCUCGGGAGGAAGUGUUUACAACACCCCGGGCGAAUCGGGGCUGGCUUAUCGACGAGGAUCUGACUCCGGAGCCUGUCUCGGAGCCGCAAAGCAAGAGGCGCCGCGCUGUGGCAGAAGUGGCUUGCUACUGCGGGGUUUGCGGCUACAGUGUGAAGGACUGGGUACUUCUCCCAUGUGGGUGUGGAAAUUCUUUUUUUGGUGGGUGUGGAAAUUCGCCUCGCUUAGGUGUCAGGAUCUACAACGAUCCGUCCGAUCCCCAGCACGCGAAGGUGAAGAGCACGGUCGAUGCAUGCACAGCGGCUCUCGAAGCGAGGGACGAGGAUGGCGCCGUGCCUGUGAUCCACCCGCCGAGUGAAGUGUUGAGCUCCCAGCAGCAGGGCAUGAUGCAUUACCGUGAGGUUGCAUUCUUGGUGGAGAGCGACAUCACCCACUAUCUGGGCAUGUCGAGCAAGGCCUUGGGGCUCAACAUGGUGAACCGCCCCAAUGAGUAUGGCACCGGCUUCGAAACCGGAUGCUAUAUCAGCAUGAAGGGACUGGACUUGCCCCUCGGCGACUUGCUCAGCCUUCGGAAGACGAAGCUUUGGUCUCAGCACAACUGCGUUCAGAACGAGAUGCUCCUGCAGCCGUCUAACCAGUUGUGCACGCAGCAAGGCCUCAACACGUACGACUUCGUGUGCCAAGCAGAGGUCAAAGACAGACCGUCAGGAUUGAACGGCCACGGCCCAACUUUGCCCACGAUGCAGUGUCUCCGGUCAAAGGCUGACAAGAUCAAUGCGGAGCGAGAGAAGGAGGCAGGCGCUGCGGCUGGGUUCACACCGCCCGAGGCCGAGAUCAUCGAGCUCGGGUCGAUCGCAGCCGCUAACAGGAGGCUCAUGAAUGCAAAUCCGAAAAGCAGGGCCAAGAAGAACAGGAGGGAGACCGCUCAGACUCAGAAUCAGGCGGAGGAGGACGCUGCCAGCGCCAGCAGAGUCUCCGGAAGCAUCCGCCCUGCUUCCAAGAGCCUGGACGAGGCAACAUCCAUGGAGUUCCGCGCUGCAGAUCCCGAGCUCCAUGAAGUGGUGGUCAGGCUCGGCUACCUUCCGGAUUGCUUCUUGAAGCUUCGCGAGGAGAACUGCUUCGGCAACAAGAUGGGCAGAAGCAUCUUCCAGGCAACCAAUUGUAAAUGGUAG